GGGCCGGCUCGCGGCGCAGGCGCAGUGGGUCCGCCUCGCCAUGCCGACUGUCGGCGUGAAGCGCGAUCUCCUCUUCCAAGCCCUGGGCCGGACCUACACGGAUGAAGAAUUUGAUGAACUAUGUUUUGAAUUUGGUCUGGAACUUGACGAAAUUACUUCUGAGAAGGAAAUUAUAAGUAAGGAACAAGGUAAUAAAAAGGCAGAGGGGGCCUCUGAUGUUGUUCUUUACAAAAUUGACGUCCCUGCCAAUAGAUAUGAUCUCCUGUGUCUGGAAGGAUUGGUUCGAGGACUUCAAGUCUUCAAAGAAAGGAUAAAGGCUCCAGUAUAUAAACGGUUAAUGCCUAAUGGAGAAAUACAGAAAUUGAUCAUCACAGAAGAGACAGCUAAGAUACGCCCUUAUGCUGUAGCAGCAGUUCUCCGAAAUGUCAAGUUUACUAAAGAUCGAUAUGACAGCUUCAUUGAACUUCAGGAGAAGUUACAUCAGAACAUUUGCAGGAAAAGAGCUUUGGUUGCAAUUGGUACCCAUGAUUUGGAUACUUUGUCAGGCCCAUUUACUUAUACUGCAAAGCGACCUUCAGAUAUCAAAUUCAAGCCUCUAAGUAAGACCAAGGAGUAUACAGCCUGUGAACUGAUGAACAUAUACAAGACUGACAACCACCUUAAACAUUAUUUACAUAUCAUUGAAAAUAAACCCCUGUACCCAGUUAUCUACGAUAGCAAUGGUGUCGUCCUUUCCAUGCCUCCGAUCAUCAAUGGAAAUCAUUCCAAAAUAACAGUAAAUACUAGAAAUAUAUUUAUUGAAUGCACAGGAACUGACUUUACUAAGGCAAAAAUCGUUCUUGAUAUUAUUGUCACCAUGUUCAGUGAAUAUUGUGAGAAUCAGUUUACGGUUGAAGCAGCUGAGGUAGUUUUUCCUAAUGGAAAAUCAUAUACCUUUCCGGAACUGGCUUACCGAAAGGAGAUGGUGAGGGCUGAUCUAAUUAACAAAAAAGUUGGAAUCAGAGAAAGUCCAGAAAAUCUUGCCAAGCUUCUGACCAGGAUGUGUUUAAAGUCAGAAGUCAUCGGUGAUGGGAAUCAGAUUGAGAUUGAAAUCCCUCCAACCAGAGCUGACAUUAUCCAUGCAUGUGAUAUUGUAGAAGAUGCAGCAAUUGCUUAUGGGUAUAACAACAUUCAGAUGACUCUACCGAAAACAUACACCAUAGCUAAUCAAUUUCCUCUUAAUAAGCUUACAGAACUUCUCAGACAUGACAUGGCAGCUGCUGGAUUCACUGAAGCACUUACUUUUGCUCUGUGCUCCCAAGAAGACAUUGCUGAUAAACUUGGUUUGGACAUCUCUGCAACAAAGGCAGUCCACAUCAGUAAUCCUAAAACAGCUGAAUUUCAGGUGGCACGCACUACCCUUCUUCCUGGCCUCCUGAAGACCAUAGCGGCGAAUCGGAAGAUGCCCCUUCCUCUGAAACUGUUUGAAAUCUCUGACAUUGUAGUCAAAGAUGCUACCAGAGAUGUAGGUGCAAGAAAUUACAGGCAUCUUUGUGCUGUUUAUUACAACAAGAAUCCUGGGUUUGAGAUAAUCCACGGGCUGCUGGACAGAAUUAUGCAGCUGCUUGGUGUGCCCCCUGGUGAGAAGAAGGGAGGAUAUGUGAUCAGAGCAUCGGAAGGGCCUGCUUUCUUCCCCGGGCGAUGUGCUGAGGUCUUUGCCAGGGGUCAGAGCGUCGGGAAGCUUGGGGUCCUUCAUCCUGAUGUUAUCACCAAAUUUGAGCUGACCAUGCCCUGCUCCUCCCUGGAGAUCAACAUCGAGCCCUUUCUGUGAAGAGGGGGCUCCGCCAUGUGGCUACCCGGUGUCCCCUUCUCCUCCCCCAUGUCCUUUAGUUGCCCCCCACAGGGAACAUGCAUUUGUGCUUUAAUGUUUAAUAAAGGAGAAACACUGUCUGGC